AUUUUUUUCUCCUUUUACAAAAUGGGUCCAAUAUCUACUCUCUAGACAUUUCAUUGUCUUUUAAUUUUUACCAUUCACAAGAUACACACCAAUAUUCAGCAGAGAUAGGACCAUUUCUGAUAUCACUCGCUUUUAAUCCAAGACAAACAAUUUGGUUCUGUGUGUCCUUCAAACCCUGUUCAUUUUGCAGGGUAAAGCUGGCUUUGUUGAAUAAAUGCAUGCAAGCAACUACCUGGUUAGGGCGAAGCAUCGAGUUCAAGCAAGGAUCCUGUAACCUGAUACUAUCACUGUUCUCUCUUGCAGUCCUAAAUAGGUUUCAUAACCUUAUUAUUUCCUAGCCCAUCGAUGUGACAGGUUUUGUUUCUGGCACUCUUUCUUACCAUUAAUGUUCUUGGAGAAAAUUAAUCAAUCCUUCUUGGAGACUGUUAGGUUGGUUUAGUUUUCUAUUUCCCAGUUGUUAAAUCACUGUGGGAGCUAUACCAGGACUAUAUCCUUAAUUUUAAAGGACUUUUAAGCCUGUUUUCCCUACCGGUUUUCUUUUCUCUCUCCGACUCUCCCACCGCCUUUUUCUUUUACUUGGCUCUUUUUUCUAGCUGAAGCUGAGGGGGAUUUAAAUUCCAACCCGGAACUCGGUAUCGCCCGCCUUGAAUGCCGGGAGUCGUAGUUUGAGUGAUUCCUCCCUCACCGCCUUUCACGCAUACUCCUCCGCAGUGAAAAACUACAACCCCCAGAAUGAGCCUUUGGGGCGUGCACGCUCCUAUGCACAUGCGCCCUGAGUCCGCAGAAUUUGAAUCGGCGGCGUUGUUAUUGACGCCAUAUUGGGGCCGGCGGCGGGUGGAAGAGUCCUGCGGUGGAGGGGGAGGCGGCCGGACGUCUGUGCUUGAGCUCCCGCCGCAGCCAGCACCUCGCAAUCCCUUCACAUCGACCGCCGCUCUCGGCUUCUGGCCCUGCCCGGGCGUAUCAGGAGCCGCGUUCCGGCCUCACACGUCCCAGGGCUGGUACCGACUUCGAAGGGAGAGGGUCUCAGCGCAGGGGCGCCUCAGCCGCCGCGCAGAGCUCGAACGGACGGCGGGGGCGGCAGAGCCUCUCCCGGGGGAGCCGCACCUGAGGAGACGGCGGAGCCCCCUGACGCGGCUGGCGUGAGCGGCUGCUACCGCCCCUCCAGCCCCCGCCGGGCCGGGCCGCUGCCCCUCCGCCGAGGCGGCGGCGGCUCUCCCCCCGUUGCCGUCGCUCCACCACCGCCUUUCUCUCCUGAGCCCGUCGGCUAGGCUCUCCUCGAGUCCCGAGCCCUUCCCUCGCCCUCCCCGGCCUCUCCCGAGCCCGGCGCCGCGGCUGCCAGGGCCAUGGCGUGCGGAGCCACUCUGAAAAGGACUCUGGAAUUCGACCCGCUGCUGAGCCCUGCGUCCCCGAAGCGCAGGCGAUGUGCGCCAUUGUCGGCGCCCACCUCAGCGGCCGCCUCUCCGUCGUCAGCGGCCGCGGCCACCGCCGCCUCCUUCUCGGCCGCCACCGCCUCGCCGCAGAAGUAUCUCCGCAUGGAGCCGUCUCCCUUCGGCGACGUCUCCUCCCGCCUCACCACAGAACAAAUUCUGUACAACAUAAAACAAGAGUAUAAACGCAUGCAGAAGAGAAGACAUUUAGAAACUUCUUUUCAACAGUCAGAUCCGUGUUGUACUUCUGAUACACAGUCACAUGCAUUUCUCCUCAGUGGACCAGCUUCACCAGGGACUUCAUCUGCAACAUCCUCACCAUUAAAAAAAGAACAGCCCUUAUUCACUCUACGGCAAGUUGGGAUGAUUUGUGAACGUUUGUUGAAAGAACGUGAAGAGAAAGUUCGAGAAGAAUAUGAAGAAAUAUUGAACACAAAACUUGCAGAACAAUAUGAUGCAUUUGUGAAGUUUACGCAUGAUCAAAUAAUGCGACGAUAUGGAGAACAGCCUGCUAGUUAUGUUUCAUGAAUCACGUUUUCUGCAUUUGUGGGCUGCCUUGUUCCUUGUUGAGUUGUUGCAAGAGGUCCCAGUUAUGACGUGCAGCAAUGCCAAUACCCCCGUGAAAACAGGUUAUUUCAAGCUUUCGUCAGUGGCAGCCACUCUUAGGCAGCAACUGGUUUUGGAAAUUCCCCUGAUGUCAAUACCAUCCGGAUGUGGACUUUUGCUACCUGUAUUAAUGCCAGUGGCCUCAUUUGCUGUAUCAUUACAAUUUGGCUUCUUAUAGUAAUAUGUUUGAAAAGGAUUAAAGCUGGUAUUCUAAGAACAUGCCCUUCACUGGUUGUGUAAAUAAAACUGUAGAAUGACACUUCAGAUGAAGUUAGUGUGAUUUUAAUUGUGCACUACAACCAAGCUGUAACCAGUUGUUAAUAAUUUAGAAUGUAAUCCCAGGAUAUUAUUAAGCAAAUAGCCUUACAGUGAGCGCUUCCUGUGAAAUAGUGAAGGAGGAGGGCAUUUCUGUAUUCCAGGACUUCUUGGGGUUUCAGAAUGGGUUUGAAUGGUUUUCUUUCUUUUUUUGGGUAGUUUUUAUUUAUUCUUUCAAGCCUUUUUACAAAUGUUUUUUGCUGCAUUUUUUUCCCAGUGUAUCAUUGUUUUACUGCCCUUGUAGUACUGGAAUUUAGUUGGAAGAAUAAAACAUUUCUAAUCUGCUUUAAUGUACAGGUGGAUAGUAUUGAAUAAAGCCAGUGUUUUUAAAUGUAA